AUGGUUAACCGUUACGUUUUCGCCGUUGCUGGCCUUGCCGCCCAGCUCAACGCUCUCCCCUUGAACAUCAACCUUGGUGCUUAUUCCCCUGCCUUGGUGGUGGGUGAUGGUGAGAUUUCUUUCGGUGGUAGGAACGAUGUCUCACAGUUGAUGAGCGUGUUGGAGGGCGCCGCAGUGAAUGCUGCUCAAGGUGUCGCCGGCGCUCCGGCUGCUGCUCCUGCCACCCCUCAACAACCUCAGCAACCGGCGCAGCCUGCGCAACCUGCGCAACCCAACCAGCAGCCCAAGCCCGCCGCUCCUGCUGCGGCCAAUGUUGCUACCCCUGUUACCGCCGCUUCUGAGGGCAACGGCAUUGACGAGGCCCAGGCCAUCGCCGCUCUCCAAGGAAUGGGCAAGGAGAUCGCUCCCAGAGUUUCGCUCACCAAGGCCCGCGCCCCACCCCAGAAGCGAGACCUCGCUGGCUUUGACCGCGCCCUGAAGUUUGCCGAGGCAGCUCUUACCAAGGGCCCUACGGUCCAGCUCGGUACUGGUGAGGGUGGCUCUGGUGUCGGCAUGAUCGUCGACGUCAACAAGCAGGGUGGUGCUGCUGGAGGUGCUGCUGGAGGUGCUGCCGGUGGUGGUGCCGAGGGAGGCAAGCCGGCCAACCAGCCUCAGCAGGGCCGUCCUGAGGGUGCCUCCGCUAUUGUUGCCCAGCAGAAGGUCAAGGCUCGCUCUGAAGAGUCGCAGCAGCCUCGCCGUCGUGCCAAGGUCACCACCAUGUACGUCCGUUCUGGAGUUCCUGCUGGCGUUGAUAUGACCCCCGAGAAGCUGGUUGCCCGUGAGGUUUCCAUUCCUGCUGGUGCCCCCGUUGCCCGUCAAGUCAGCCCUGUCAGCAAUGAGAUCGUGAAGCGCGCCGAGGACGAGCUGGCCAAGCGCGGCAGUGGCGGUGCCAUCGAUACUGUCAACCUGAACGUUAGCGGCGAGGGCGUCACCAUGACCUUUGUCGAGACUGAGGCCGACGAGGAGGAUGAGCAGUAA